CUGCCCUGAGAAGACCGCCUGUGUUGUGUCCCUUCGUAGUAUGCUGCAGGAUCGCCGACAUACUCCUCCCGCUCUUUAGGAGAAACUGAUUCACCAUGACGGUGCAAGCAACUGCAGUCGACACUGGCGUGCCGCCUGCAGGCCCUGCCAUCCAAUUGGACUACUUGGAGGGCGGGCUAAUGGACCAUGAACACUUCUGGCGCGAUCGCCAGUCUUGGCUUCAAGAGCAGGGAUACAUGCUGCGUCCACGAUACAGGCCGGACUGGAAACCUUCAUGGCUUGGUACAAAGAAACACUACAGAGAGUGCGAAGACGGUCAUAGCACGUUGGUGGAUACUAUCUUAGACGCCACUCGACAGUCUGAUGGUUCGCUGGUGACACUCAAGGCGGUCGAUACUGCCGUUCACCCAUUCGAAGUAGAAAUCGGACAGUUUCUCUCGUCUGAGCAACUCGCGCAAGACCCGCGGAAUCACUGCGCGCGAAUCCUCGAUGUCCUGCAGGAUCCGAUCGACCCCAAGAUAUCUUUAGUCGUUAUGCCUCUCCUCAAACCUUUCAGGGAGCCUAACUUCUUGACGAUAGGAGAAGUGGUUGCAUUCGUCAAACAGGCUAUCGUAGGAUUACACUUCAUGCAUGAUCAGCAUGUCGCGCAUAGGGACAUUUCGAUUUUGAACGUCAUGAUGGACGCAAUACCGAUGUAUUCCGUUUUAUGGCAUCCUGAGGCACCGGUAUACAACCGUGACUUCUCUGGGAGCUCAAAGCAUUGCAGCCGCACGGAACGACCGCCAAAGUACUUCUACAUCGACUUCGGUUUGUCCCGCAAGUACGACCCUGCAAAUGUACAACCGCAGGAGUUGCCAAUCAUUGGCGGCGACAAGAGCGUGCCAGAGUUCCAAGGUGAAGGUUACAACGUGGCUUCCGAUCCCUUCCGUACCGACAUCUACUACCUUGGCAAUCUCAUACGACGCACCUUUCUGAAUCGCUACCGUGGCUUCGAGUUCAUGGAACAGCUCGUGACGGACAUGGUGCAAGACGAUCCAGAGAAACGCCCGACUAUCGCGGAGGUGGAGUCUCGGUUCGACGAGAUAUACCGCAAGCUUUCAUGGUGGAAGCUGCGAACGAGGCUGGUGGGCAAGUCUGAAAAUGGCUUCGUGCGCGCAGUGCUUGGUACAGUGCACGUCUUCCGGACAGCGAAAUUCGUCGCGAAGCUGCGGCCUCCCGUACCGAUACCCUCGUUAUGAUCCAUAUGCAGCCGGAUUGAUUGGUCUCACGUACGCUAUCGUUGCUCGCUUGCUGUCCAUCUAGUUUACUGUUGGAAGUUAUGACAUUCUACAAGUCGCUGGCCUGACAGAUAUUGCUCCAUUGUGACUGCGUCCAUGUGCCAGACACUACCUACAUGAGCUCGCAUUUUUUGACUGGGCCGCGGCACCAAUUAGCCGGGAUGUGGCCAGCAAAUACAAUUCCUUCACGC